GUAUAUGUUUUACUAUGACGUUAGUCUCAGCGCGACAAUACAGGUUGUAGCGCUGAAACCGAGACUGUCGGAUAUUCGCUGUACUGUAUAAGGAUGGAAUCGUCGCCCCGUGCCAUUACCCUGUAUAACUUCUCGGAGAAGAUCUGCGAACAGCUCGUGCAUUUCCACGUUAUGGGCAUGGAGGAUUGCUUCUUCCUGUGGGUCGGCCUCUCGCCUGUCUUAGCUAAUUUGUCCAUGGCUAUGUGCAGCAGAUUUGAUUCUGUCCCUUUGUCUACAUUGGUUUUUGGGGAUACCUCAGAUAUCAUGUCAACUUCUUUUGCACAAAGAUUAGCAAAGAAGACUAAAAAGCAAGUGUUUGCCAGUGUGAACAUCCCAACUAAUGAAAGCCAGCUAAUGCUACUGAUUGAGAAACGCAUCAGGCAGGAGAUGGACACCUUUCCUGAGAAGUUCUGAUGGUGUGAAUUGGGGGGGAACCAAGUUUGUUCCUUUUCUUUAGGAAGAACUUAAUAAUACACACAGAAAUAUGUGGACUGUUCCAAGUGAAGCCCAUUAUGGGAGACCUGAUUAUCAGUCCUAUAUAUACUGUAAGCUUAAAAGCAGUACAGAGGAAGGUACUCCCUCCAAAGAUGUACAUGACUGUUCAGCUAAGCAGAUCCAUUUAAUAGGCAAGAAGGUUAAACAGAAAAAUAAUUGCAUUUUCAAUAUUGUUUGUAGAAAAUUAUUUUAUUAAAAAAAAACUGACAGUU